AUGCUGACCGAGAAUAGCCACGCCACCCAUUACACUCUAAGCGCCCUGUUCUACCGCCUCAAGACCGGCCUGAAGGGCAAGAAACUCAAGAAAGCACUCGAUAGAGCAUGGGACAUUGACCCGAAUGCCACGCUCAAGAUCAUCUGGAACGCCCGCUCCAUUCAUCUGGGCGACGCCAGCCGCGAGACCUUCUAUCGCGCUAUCGGCUGGCUGUACGAGACCCAUCCCGCCACUCUUCUUGUCAACUUGCCAUGGCUUGUUCAGCCCCCACCUUCCAAGAAGCGAAAGAUCGAGAAGGAUGAAAGUGACUCCGAACUCGACGUCAAGAACGGACUCUCUCACGGCUACUGGAAAGAUCCGCUCAACAUCUUGGCACUGGCCGUCCGAGGUGAACUUCGUGUAGGCGGCAAAUUUGCUCUCGUCACGAAUCCAGGCGCUGGAGACAGACUCAUCUACAUUCACAUUGACGGAAAGCGUCGCAAGAGGUCUCAGAACGGUUCCAAGCCCGCUACGAGGGACUGGACUCCAGGUCGAUACCAGCACACCAGAGAGGCUUACCACGACACCGCUCUCGCAAAGCUAAACACCAGUUCGAAGUACAAAGCCUUACACCUGACCAUCGCUCGCCUAUUCGUCGACCAACUCAAACUGGACCUCGACCACCUCCACUCAGACCGCAAGGCCGCCAUCUCCCUCUGCGCCAAAUGGGCCCCGUCAAACAAAGGCUCCAACGACAAACAAACCUGCAUCGUCACCUCCAUCGCCGAAACCCUCUACCCCUUCUCAUCCGUCUGUCCCGACUCCGUCGACCCCGCCGCCGACCGCACCCUCUACUUGAAGCACGCUCGCAACUCAUACCAAACCUCCACCCUCUCGAAACUCCGAGCCCAUCUCCAAAUCGUCGAGCGCGACAUCUCGGCCCAGACGUUUGAGAAAAUUGUGUAUGCGAACGUUCCCGAGCUGGCGAUGAAGCGGUACGAGGAGGUUUUUCGGAGGAAGGAUCUUGAGCGGUUUGAUGGGUAUCGAGAUUACGAAGCACGUAGGAAAUGGGAGAAGAGUGGGGAGGUGGGGUUUGGGAAGGAGAGGAAGCAUGAUUCAGUCGCUAGGGUGAUGGGUCAUGAGGGGUAUCGGAUGUUGAAGGUUGUGGAUUAG